UUACAUCUACAGGUCAUCGACAAACAUGGGCAGGACGCUUUUUCUUCUCACUGCUCUCUUAGGAGUUGUUUUCUGUAGUCAUGGCAAGCUGUCUGGACCAGAGUUAGUGCUAAGAGUCAGACCCGCCGAUAACAUCACUCUUCACUGCGACUGCCGAAAAUCAAGCCGCAAUUUCAUAGUUUGGUUCAGGAACUGUUCUCAUGAGAACCAGCCUUCACUCAUUCUGAGGACAAACUACAAAUAUGAUCCAUCAUACCUUGAGGACAAAGUAGACAUUCUCAAUCCAUUCCCUCGUUUGCAUUUAUUGGAAAACCAGUCUUCUGACUCCUAUGACCUGUUGAUCAUGAACACUACUGAUUCUGAUGAGGGUCUCUACUACUGUGGAACUGAACAGAAGGAGAUUGACGCAACAUUUUCUCAGAAAUAUAUUUACAAAUAUGGCAACAUCACAACCAGGAUUCUGUUGACCUCCACCGUGACUCGUCAUGACAUCCACAAACCUCAGGAGGACUGUGGCGUGUGCUGGAAGCUGCUUUUCACUCUGUGUCCUUUUAUUGUCGCUCUCUUCUCUCUUUUAUCCUCUGUACUGUUUUACCAGCUUCGCCAAAAAAUAGAAAAUAAUACAUCUCAAGAUGACAUGAAGACAACUGAAAGCCAAAGUCACAUAAAGCAGGAUGAAGAUGUGUGUUAUGCUGCCCUGGAAAUUCGUCAAGCAUCACAGAGACCAAAUAAGAAGAAAAUUCAAAGUUCAGAUUUUAGCACAUAUUCCUCCAUCAAUACUUCCCAGAUAUAAGAACAUUCACAUUAAAAACAAAAAUGAUAAUACAGCAGUUUUCUACCACAUUUAAGAUGAAAAGCAGGUGAUAGAUUUGUCCCUUCUUGUUUAAUCAGCUUUUCACACCAACUUUGACAUGCUGUUCACAAACUCCUGAUUCUAUCUUGUUUUCAGUCUCUUUGGCUGAGACUAAAUGAAGACCUUUGAUGACUUGACAUUGUUGUACUGCUUAAUAGAUUCCUCACAAUAGACGCUGAUAUUUCCAGAAGUAAACUGUGUUGAAUUUAUAGUGGCAUAAAAAGAGAGUACGGUUUGGUUCAAAACUCCAUGAAGUAGUAUUAUGAAGGAAGAUUACAUAUGUAGGAAGGAGUGUUAAGCCUAAAUAAAGGAACAGUGCAAAAUGUAUUUGUGGCAUUGUGAGAGAAAAAUGUGCAUGACUUUAAAUGGUGAUACAGUAAAUGAUUGAUUGUGUAACUGACUGAUGGUAACUGUUUUUGUAAUAUUGAAUAAGAAAUCUUAUAGUCUAUUUGUAGAGAGAUUAUUCAAUGUGUAAAAUUAACUUUAUUUGUCAAAAACUAACAUGAAUUUCACAUUUCCCUCAUUUUGGUGUAAUGUCUGACCUGAAUGUGCUUCAUUAGUAUAUCAAAAUUACUUUAUUAUAUAUCAUUUGAUGUAGUCGAAAGUUUAACAUUUUAAUAAGAGUCGGUGAAAUGAUAAGCAGCACUCACAGUCUGCUGAGUGGUAAAUUAAUGCAUUAACUUUGAAUUUGCUAAGUGACAGGUUUCUGCAGUAUGCAUAAUUUGCCUUCUUCAGAUCACCAGUGCUGUGUUCGCUAUUAUAUUUUUUCUUUAUAGAUUUCUAUUGCCUGUUUCUCUUAUAAUGUCCCAUCUAAAGUAGACGGUAUUCAGUCUGUUCAUUUUGUGAGCAACAAUAGUCAAAUACCCCUUUUAUGUGAGUAUACAUAGAGCCUGAAGUUUGGGUUAAAGGUGAAAGUUGAUAGCAACCAUUUUGAUCCCCAGGUUUUAUGUUUAUUCAAGUCACUUAAUGCAAAUAAAACCUGGCUGUGGUCAACUUGUAUUCAUACAAUAUUAGCAUGCCUUAACAAAUUAGAGGAGUGCAAAAAUUAAGAACUGUAAGGCAAACAAUGCAGGCUUUGUGAUUUGUCUUAAUAAUACAAAACAGACUUUGAUUCCAAGACCACACUUGCCUCUCGGUUAGUUUUACAGUUGAGUUUGAAAUUUCUGGUUUUCUAUAUUAAAGGAUUUGCAUGAGUAUGUGUC